AUGUCCUUGUCAAAGAAAAAAGAGGACGAAAAAGAAAAGAAGUUCCUCGGUCGACUCUCCUACAAACUCGAUUACGAUUUCGACAAAAAUGCGUUAACGGUGGUUAUUAUACAAGCCGAGGAGCUACCGGCUAUGGAUCUCGGCGGCACAUCGGAUCCUUAUGUGAAACUGUUUCUUCUUCCUGACAAAAAGAAGAAAUUCCAGACGAAAGUUCAGCGUAAAUCACUGAAUCCUGUUUUCAAUGAAAGCUUCACCUUCAAGAUAAUUUAUCGAAUCGACAGAUUAUUACUAGAGAGUAGGGGCGGUCCUGGUGGAGUAAUGGAUUGCGUAUCGCCCGGUGUGCAU